UCUCUCUCUCUCUCUCACCCACCCCACAGCGAAGGAAGUCGAGCUGCAGACGACUCUUCAACGAAGGUGGGCGGAAACAGCAGAAGCCUCUCUCUCUCUCUCUCUCUCUCUCUCUCUCUCUCUCUCUCUCUCUCUCUCUCUCUCUCAUCAUAGCCAUCGUCAUAAGGGAUGAAACCAGUGAGAAGUGGCGGUCGGCCCGUUUGUGACAUUCUUCUUCCUGGUGACCCUAAAUUUGUCCUUGUGAUUGUCUACCUGUGACGCAGGCAGCUUGAUCCUCUGUGCUCGUCUCGUUUCCAGUGGUAGGUUUUCUCUUAUUUGUGGAGGGAUACUUGGAUGAGAAGGGAGGUGAACAAGGGGAUUUCUUCCGGCCAUGGGAACGUCUUCCGGUGCGAAUUUCCAGUCUCAGUUACCAGCCGUGCGUCGGUCGGGUGUACUUCACACCUCGCUUUCCCUCUUCUCCGCCGAUGCUGUCUCAGCCUCUCGGUCGGAGCCCGCUUCCAACUCUGACCCCGGCCAGGACUCUCCGACGGAGAGCGCGAGCUCAAGGGAGACCUUGUCUGCGCAUCACAGCCGGGAGGAUGCCGUCGCAGUCGGUGGCGCGGAGCUUUCGACUGUUGCGAAGCGAGCACCGAAGAAGGAGGACGGCGGAGAAGACGGGACCGGCCACGGUGCCACGGACCAGGGUGUCAUUAGGCGGUUGGCUUGCUCGGACAGGCUUUCACUGAGAGACAUCGCUCGAGAGCCGGUGGAGGUGGUGGCGGAAAUAAUGCAGGAGAUGCCUGAGCAGCUCCUGGAGGAGCUCAAGGGCGAACUCCGUUCGAUCCUCGAGUGCUCUGGCGGGCCGCAGCACCGGGAGAAGUUCCUCCUCCUGCAGAAGUCCGUCCAAGGGAGGCUGGAUCUCACGCCUAAAUCACUGGUUCGGGCACACAGGACUCAAUUGGAGAUCUUGGUCUCUAUCAAUACUGGAAUUCAAGCGUUCCUUCACCCCAGCGUUAGCAUUCCGCAGUCCUUCCUGAUUGAGAUUUUCGCCUACAAGCGAUGUCGCAAUAUUGCCUGCCAGAACACGCUUCCUGGUGAUGACUGCACCUGUGAUAUCUGCUCCACAAGGAAGGGCUUCUGCAAUUUGUGUAUGUGCAUUAUCUGCAGCAAGUUCGAUUUCGAUGUGAACACUUGCCGCUGGAUUGGCUGCGAUUCAUGCUCCCAUUGGACACAUACUGAUUGUGCCAUCAGGGUGGGGCAGAUCAGCAUGGGCACAGGCCGAAAGGGUGGGCUGGGGACCUCGGAGAUGUUGUUCAAGUGCCAAGCUUGUAACAGGACGUCUGAGUUGCUUGGGUGGGUGAAAGAUGUGUUCCAGCACUGUGCACCACGGUGGGAUCGAGAAACACUGCUCAGGGAACUUGAUGCUGUGAUCCGCAUCUUCAGGGGGAGUGAAGACCCGAAGGGACGGAAGCUCUUCUGGAAGUGUGAGGAUCUUGUUGACAAGCUGAAGAAUGGAGCUGCGGAGUCUAGUGUGUGCAAAAUGCUGUUUCUCUUUUUCGAUGAGUUGGAGACAGAGGGGACAAAGAAUCCUGAUGCAGAAGACUCUGGGCGCUUGAUGGCACCACAGGAAGCUUGUAAUCGAAUAGCAGAAGUAGUGCAGGAGGCAGUCAAGAAAAUGGAAAUGGUUGCAGAAGAGAAAGAACGGGCAUACAAAAAAGCCCGAAUGGCACUAGAAGCAUGUGACAGGGAACUAGAAGACAAAAGCAGGGAAAUGGCUGAUUUGCAGAUGGAGAGACAGCGGAAGAAGCAACAAAUAGAUGAGCUUGAGACCAUAAUCAGGCUAAAGCAAGCGGAGGCUGACAUGUUUCAAAUAAAGGCUACUGAGGCUAGGCAUGAAGCUGAGCGGCUACAGCAGAUUAUGUUGGCAAAAUCUGAGAAGGCAGAGGAAGAUUAUGCCAGCAGUUAUCUGAAGCAGCGACUGAAUGAGGCAGAGGCAGAGAAACGUUGCCUAUUUGAGAAGAUCAGACUUCAGGAAUCCUCAAGACUAUCAUCUGGCAGCAGUGACCCUUCUCAGAUGCUCAUGCUUUGUAAGAUACAGGAUCUGCUUAAGACAGUAUACAAUGUGUCCCCAAGCAAGGGGGAGGGGCAAAGUGCUGUCUCAGCAGAUCAUCAACCUCUUCGCUCAGUCCGUUGAAUAGUAUUGGUAAGUAGAAUGUACUAGUAUUUUAAGCAAAGAAACUGGCUCUCUUAGGAAUGUUAAUGAAAGGUUGAUUUCUCCUUAAGCUGAUAACUCCUGUUCGAUACUGUUAUGCACUUAUGGUGUAGCUAUGACUUUUGGUCUAGCUACGAGCUUGUUUCUCUGUCUUUAAGAAUUUGCAAAAUGUCUUAUACUUCAGUGGUUAA